AUGCGUCUCUCUAUUCUAUCUGCUGCUAUUGCAGCUUUGACUGUCACUCCCGUGUCGGCAGCUACUCAAGAUCCUGUCGAUGUGCUGGCGAGCAAGGCCUUGGCCACCAAGCGUGCCUAUCUGGCGCCUGAGGGCUCUUCCAACUCCAGCUGCAACAUCAACAAUGCGGCUGUUCGCAAAGAAUGGGGCUCCCUCGCGCCAGAGGACCGCAAGAAGUACACAGAUGCUGUUCUUUGCUUGAUGUCCAAGCCCCCCAGGUCUGACCCGAACUGGGCUCCGGGUGCCCGGAACCGUUUUGAUGACUUUGUGGCGGUUCACAUCAACCAAACCCUGUAUAUUCAUGGCACAGGGAACUUCCUCACCUGGCACCGCUAUUUCACCUGGGCCUAUGAGAAUGCUCUGCGUACAGAGUGUGGCUACGAUGGAUACCAGCCAUACUGGGCAUGGAACAAGUACGCUGCCAACCCCAUCAACUCGCCCGUCUUUGACGGCACCGAGUACAGCAUGUCUGGUAAUGGCGACUUCGUUCCACACAAUGGCACCCCUGCGACUGACUAUACCAUCAUCCCACCGGGUGUUGGUGGAGGUUGUGUCCGCAACGGCCCCUUCGCCAACAUGACCGUCAACCUGGGACCGGUUGAUCCUACCCUGCAGAUCCCUGGCCUCGUAGCCCAAAACGGCAGUGGUUUGGAUUACAACCCCCGUUGUCUGCGCCGUGACAUCUCCCCCUGGACCGCUCUGGGCUGGACCAAGUCUAGCGAUGUCAUGAGCCUGAUUGAGAAGUGCGACAACAUCUCCUGCUUCGAGUGGACCAUGCAAGGGUUCUUUGAGGAAGGUUUCCUGGGCGUUCACACGGCCGGCCACUUCACCAUUGGUGGUGACCCGGGUGGUGAUCUGUACACUUCUCCCGGUGAUCCGGCAUUCUAUGUCCACCACGCUAUGAUUGACCGCGUCUUCUGGAUCUGGCAGAACCUGAACCCUGCUAACCGGACCUACGUCGUCAAGGGACCAGACUUCAUUGAUGGUCUGAUUGCAUCGCCCAACACUACCAUUCAUGACUUGCUCUACAUGGGCAACCUGACUGUCUCGCGUGAGAUUUAUGACGUGUUGGACACCACGGCUGGCACUCCUCUAAUACCCGAAAGGGAAUGGAAUGAUAUUGUAAUACUGUGUAUCGAUUCCGAGCAAAUUGAGCUGUUCUUCCACGAUAAUAAAACCAUGCCAUGCCGAGGAACCCUCCGACGGUGGUUUUGUUGCGGAGGCCCUAUUCUCAGGGAAUGGAGUUGGGCAGCUGAUGCCGGUGCGGAGAGGAUUGCGGCAAGCACUGGAAGUCAGAGGCGAGAAAUUACUUGCAGCAGCUGUGGAGUCGAUCUUGGCCUCGCAAGGGCUGGGGGUUGGUACGGACCCACAGUCGGUGCACAGGAUGAUGCUCCCCAAGUUCUCGUGGGCGGCACGUCCAUUGCUCACAGCUGCCAUCCUCGUAGCGGAAAUGCCUGGCGACGAAGUACCAUCCUUGAUGGAAAACUAAAACUGAUGGCGGAGGGUGUCAGGAUAUCCGAACCUCAACGCGUCACUUUGUAUGUAGGGAACGUGAGCAGCUGGAUACUCGAAGCUCCCAGGUAA